GAAAGGUUAAUAUAAGGGGGCACUUGGUUUUUCUGCCUUCCCAUUUCUUUCCACCACCAGACCCUAAGCGAUGGCUUCUACGCUACCCAUCUCCCAGUCCCAAGCCUUCUCCUCCACCGCUGGGGUGGCCCUCCCCAAGCCUUUCGUCUCCCUACCUCCCCGGAACCCUACCUUCCAGUCCUGGGCCCCCUCCACCGCCGCCGCCGCGGCAGCGACCGCGAGUGCCGUCCCCAUCGCGGGUUGUUCCUCAGGUUCCGGACCCCCUUCGUUGUCUUUGCAGCCAGGACGGCGGAGAUGCCCAAGAAGGACCGGUCCUCCGCCAAGGGGUUCGUGGAGGAGAUGCGGGCCGUCGCCAUGAAGCUGCACACUAGGGACCAGGCCAAGGAUGGGGAGAAGGAGCCCGACUCCCCCCCCGUCGCCAAGUGGGAGCCCUCUCUCCAGGGCUACCUCAGGUUCCUCGUCGACAGCAAGCUGGUCUACGACACCCUCGAGACCAUCGUCCGCAAGGCAUCCCAUCCCUGGUAUGCUGAAUUCAGGAACACAGGAUUAGAAAGGUCAGAGAAAUUGGCGAAGGAUCUAGAAUGGUUCAAGGAACAGGGUCAUGUCAUUCCUGAACCAUCUUCUUCUGGGAUUUCUUAUGCUUGUUAUCUGGAAGAGCUGUCAGAGAAAGAUCCUCAAGCAUUCAUCUGCCAUUUUUACAAUGUAUAUUUUGCUCAUACUGCUGGUGGUCGAAUUAUUGGCAAAAAGGUGGCUGAGAAGAUCUUGAGCAAGAAGGAGCUGGAAUUCUACAAGUGGGAUGGGGAUCUUUCCCAACUGUUGCAGAAUGUGAGAGACAAGCUUAACCAAGUUGCUUCUAGCUGGUCUAGGGAAGAAAAGAACCAUUGCCUGGAGGAGACGGAGAAAUCAUUCAAAUUUUCAGGAGAGAUACUUCGUCUGAUAGUGUCUUAACAAGCACGGAAUCCUGUUACACUGUCAAACUGUAGAUAUUCUUUGGGCAAAAGAUCUGCAUGGGGAAAGAUUGUUCAGGGUUUAUUUGUUCCUUCUCAUCGACUCUUUGUAGUCCAUGCUACCUGUCACAUACAAAAGCUGUUUCUUGAAUAAAUCUGCUGUCAAACAUGGAGCAAAAAAUAUUCCUAGUCAAUGUGGAAGAAAAAAAAUAUUUGAUGUAUAGAUUAAAAGCGAUGAUCAUCUUUCAUGAUAUUGCUGCAAGGCUUGCCGCGCGAGCGGUAUGAAA